ACAAAAAGAGGGAGACAUAGCUAUUGCGCUACAUAAAAAAAGAAAAUAAUUUUUAAAAAGACUUACACAUUUCGGCACAUGAUGUCGCUGUCCACCCAAAAGCUGAUGGAAACAAAAAAUCCUAUUCCAUUCUUGGAUUUUGCAACCAGUCAUAGAAGGAUCGGAGCCAUGUUGGUGAAGGAUGCUUGGGAGUUUAAUGACAAAAUAUUCAAGAAAACAGAUAAAUUGUGAAUGAGAAGACUGCAAGCAAUUAUUCUGCUUAUUCCACUAAGAAUCCGUCAGCGUGGGCCAUGGAGGUUUCCCAAAGAGGCGGUCUGGGAACCCGGCAGCUGCUGUUCUCUCUUCUUCUUCACACAGCUUGGGAUUGGGAGCGCCCAGGUCCAUUAUUCAGUGCUGGAGGAAGCGAAACACGGAACUUUCGUGGGGCGAAUCGCGCAGGAUCUGGGUCUGGAAGUCGAGGAGCUGGUGUCGAGAUUGUUCCGGGUGGUGUCCAAGGACCACAUGGACUACUUGGAGGUAAAUUUGCAGAAUGGCAUUUUGUUUGUGAAUUCUCGGAUUGACCGUGAGGAGCUGUGCAGCCACAGCCCAGUCUGUAGCAUCCACCUGGAAGUGAUCGUGGAAAAACCUCUGCAAAUUUUCCAUGUGGAGGUGGAGAUCAAGGACAUUAAUGACAAUCCGCCUGUGUUCCGGAAAAAGCAACAAACCGUAUUUAUUUCAGAAUCUAGACUCCUAGACUCUCGUUUUCCACUAGAGGGCGCGUUAGAUGCGGAUAUUGGCGCAAACUCUCUUCUAAAGUACCAACUUAGUCACAAUGAGUAUUUUACUUUGGACGUGAUAACUAAAAAUGACAAAAGCAUGUUGCCUGAACUAGUAUUACACAAAUUAUUGGACAGGGAGGAAACUCCAGAAAUAAGUUUGUUACUGACAGCCACUGAUGGGGGAAAGCCUGAGCUCACUGGAAGAGUUGGGCUACUUAUCACAGUCUUGGAUGUGAAUGAUAACCCUCCUAAAUUUGAUAAAUCCGGAUAUAAAGUUAAACUCUUUGAAAAUUCACCAAAUGGGACACUGAUGAUUAAACUUAAUGCUUCAGAUUCUGACAAAGGAAUCAACGGAGAGAUUUCUUAUGGAAUUAAAAUGAUUUCACCAGAAAGUGAAAAAUGCACGUUUAUUAUGAAUUCAGUUACUGGAGAUAUCCGAAUUCAUGGGGAACUUGAUUUUGAAGAUAAUAAUGCAUAUGAAAUUCAGGUAACAGCUACUGACAGGGGAGCCCCUCCCAUGGUUGGUCAUUGCACAGUCCUUUUGGAAGUCAUUGACAUCAACGAUAAUGCCCCGGAGGUGUCUGUGACAUCCCUAUCACUUCCAGUCUUAGAGGAUGCCCCACCAGGCACAGUUAUCGCCCUCAUUAGUGUGUUCGACAGAGACUCUGGAGCCAAUGGGCAGGUGACUUGCUCGUUGUCACCACCCGGGCCUUUUACUCUGGUAUCUACUUUCAAGAAUUAUUACUCACUGAUGCUAGUGACUUCUGUUGACCGUGAGACCGUGCAGGCCUAUGAGCUGGUAGUGACUGCAAGGGAUGGAGGGACCCCAGUGCUCUGGGCCACUGCUAGGGUGUCGGUGGCCAUUGGAGACGUGAAUGACAACGCACCUAUCUUCGAGCAGCCUUUAUACACCGCGUUUGUGAAGGAGAAUAACCCACUGGGAAGUCACAUCUUCACAGUAUCUGCAUUCGACUCUGAUGCUCAGGAAAACGGUCUAGUGUCUUACUUUCUAGUGGAACAGCGAGUAGGAGAACGUCUGCUCUCGAGCUACAUCUCUGUGCACUCGGAGAGCGGGAAAGUGUACGCCCUGCAGCCUCUGGACCACGAGGAGCUGGAAUUGCUGCAGUUCCAGGUGAGCGCCCGAGAUGCGGGCUUCCCUCCCCUGUGCAGCAACGUGAGCCUACAGGUGUUCGUGCUGGAUGAGAACGACAACCCGCCUGUUGUGCUGCCGCCUCACUCUAGUGUUAGCCCAGUGACAGAGCUGGUAUCACAAUCUGUGGCUGUGGGUCACGUGGUGGCGAAGAUCCGAGCUGUGGAUGCGGAUUCUGGCUACAAUGCAUGGCUGUCUUAUGAGCUGCUACCAGAGGUGGGGUUUGGGCGCAGCCCUUUCCGCGUGGGUCUGUACACGGGCGAGAUCAGCACGACGCGAGCCCUGGAGGAGUCAGAUGGCCCUCAGAAGAUACUGUUAGUCUUAGUAAAAGAUCACGGAGAGCCGGCCUUGUCUGCAACGGCCACAGUUAGUGUGUCUCUUGUGGAGAGUGGAAUGUCCGCGAAGGCAUUGUCGUUCAAUGAGGCAGGUGCAGCUGCUGGGCGGGCAGCUAAGGCUAGGGUUAGAAAGGAGGCAGCCCUGGUCGAUGUGAACGUAUACCUGAUCAUAGCUAUCUGCUCAGUGUCUAGUUUGUUGGUGCUGAGUCUGCUACUGUAUGUGGCGCUGCGGUGCUCCUCAGCUUCCCAGGCUGUGUAUGUGCCGGGGAAUUCCAGGCUGGUGUACUCUAAUGGGGUGGAGAGCUGGUCUCAUUCUCAACAGCGGCGCCAGAAGGUUUGCUCUGGAGAGGCUUUGGCCAAAAAUGAUCUCAUGGCCUUUAGCCCUAACCUUCCCCAGUCAAAUGAGGAGUCAAACAACCACUGUUUAAUUGUGAGUUACUUGUUUUUUAAUUGUAUAUUCUUUCAAAAUUUAAAAUUUAGGAUCAACAUUUUUAUGCUGAUAAACUUCCUCUUCCUAUUACAAUAAUUAACUUUGAAUAUUAAGGGGAAAUAACUGUUCUCUAAUGAUUGAAGGUCUUUAUAUUUGACCUUGACCGUCAAGGUCCAAAGCUAUGAUUAGGAGAGCAAAAAUAAUCAAGACUUUUAAACUUCUGGCUUUAUGUCUAAUCAUUUCCUUUUAUUUUUGCCAGAAUUUGUACUUUCUUCAUCUCUGCUUUUUCAUCACCUGUUGCAUAUCUCAAUUAGCCAUAAAUUCAAAUGAUUUUGAAGGCACAUACAUUUCCCUUUUUUAGCCAUAAGGUGAUUUUUUUUUUUGGUUGAUGACUCUUGUCUCUUCAGUGGUAUUUUAGACUAAGAUCCCAGUAUAUAUUACUCAAUUCAGGCAGCUGUAUGCCCCUUGGUAUUACAUAAGGUAAUUAAUACUAAUAUUUUUCCAUUUGUGAUUCAAGAGAAUGGAAGAAGGUCCCAGCAGUUUGGGUGGACCUUCUAUGACCAGUUUAUGGAAGAACGUAGACAAGAGUCACACAGAAUAGGCAAAGAAGAAUAGAUUUUAGUGGUGUCUAAAAAAGGAAUAUCAACACCAAGAGAUCAUAGAACUCUGGAAUACUACAAGAAUUCAACUAGCAAAGGACCGACUAGAGUAUAGAAGAUAAGUAUAUGUGUAUAUAUGUAUACUAGAGUAUAGAAGAUAAAAUUGGAAGCAUUGCUGUACCUCUUGGCUAUGAUAAAUUAUAUCCAAUCACUAAAUAAUACACUAGGAGGAAAUCAAAUUCUUUGUUUUGAACAUCAAAUGGUUUCAGGAUAUCAAAUACAAUUUUUUAUUUAUAUCCCUACUACUGAAUAUUAGGUGGCACCUGAAAAGUUUUAGAAUGUACUUUCCUGAGCAUCUGAUUCAUAAUGAGGUUCCUCAUCCCAUAAAAAGUUAACUGAAAUAAGGAGAUUUUAGAAAAUCAAAGAGAGAAUCUAAUAAAUUGGCUCCAUGCACAUAAUCAGAAUGAAGCAAUUCCUAUAAUACAUUCUGUAAGCUAUGAGGACAAAAUGCUUUAAAAUUAAAAAAAAAGUCUUUUGCUAAAUGUGUUAGGAGUCUUUGAUAAGGUAAACUACAACCUAAUAUGUGACUUAGUGUGUAAGUCCUAGAGAGUUCUUUGAAUUACAUAAAAGGUAAGUGAUUCAUCCAGGGUCAAAUAACUAGCAAAUUUAAGAGGCAGGAUUUGAACGCAUAUUUUGACUCCAAGUCUUGCAUUCCAUUCUUUCUAUUAUUCUGUUUUCAUACAAGACACAUUUAAUUAAAAU